CCCUUAUUCUGCAAGGAAACCUCAGAGAACCUCUGACUGUUCACAGUUUCAAUUGUUGUUUUGUUUUUUUUUUGGUUUUUUUGAAAAUCUUCACAAUGGAUGGUGAGCAUAGUGACUGACAUAAAUUGAGAAUGCAGGAAAACUGGGAUUCACAGAGGAAACCAGCUGGAGCGAUCAGUAUCAAGCCUCAAGAUGAGAGGAAAGCAGUGCAGAAGAGAACUUUCACCAGAUGGAUGAAUGUGUUUCUGCAGAGACAUGAUCCUCCAGAUGAAGUGCACGACCUGUUCGCAGACAUUCAGGAUGGCAGAAUACUCAUGGCUCUGCUGGAGGAGCUGUCCGGGUGCAAACUACUUUACAGGUUUCGGCCGUCUUCUCAUCGCAUUUUCAGGCUGAACAACAUUUCCAAGGCCCUGGCUUUCCUGGAUGAUAGACAUGUGAAGCUGUUUGGCAUCGACGCGUCUGGUAUUGCUGAUGGCACUGCCUCUGUUGUUCUUAACCUUGUCUGGAACAUUAUCCUGCAUUUCCAGGUAAAGGAGGUGACGGGAGGCCUCCAGAGACAUUUGUCUUCUAGCCUCUCUUCCUUAUCAGUGAGCAGUUACCCGUCCUCCAGUGACCUCUCAACCCAGCCAAAUGACAUUGGCAGCUACUCCUGCAGCACUCUGCCAAGCAAAGGCAGAAAGGCUGCCAGGGAGCCAAAGUACCAUGGGAAAGCAAUUAAGACGCUCCUGCUGUGGGCCCAAAGAUGCACAUCGAAAUAUGGGGUUGAUGUGCACGACUUUGGGAAGAGCUGGAGGAGUGGGCUGGCAUUCCUUGCUUUAAUUAAAUCCAUAAACCCAGGCUUGGUUGACCUGAAGGAGAGCUUGUCCAGAGAGCCAAAAGAAAACAUCCAGCUGGCCUUCAUGACAGCCCAUCAGAGUUUGGAUAUACCGCCUCUACUGGAGCCUGAAGAUGUGAUGUGCACCUCACCAGACGAGCAGUCCAUCAUCACUUACAUUUCAAUGUUCCUGGGGCAUCACUCGAGCAUAGAUGAGGAUCAUUCAACAGACACUGAAGUUCCUGAGAUCCCCAACUUUGGAUCCCUCGAGCCAGUCAGCUUCGGAGAGACUCUCGCCGAUGAUCCAGAAGCCCAAGCUCUGCUCAAAGGCUUGGAGACGAGCAGCGAGCAGCAGCUGUGGAAACGGUGGUCCAGGAGAUCUUCAGGAAGCCCUCGUGUCACCUCGCGGCACAUGAACGGAGCCUCAGACCUCUCCUCCAACCGAGGCGACCAAAGCAGUGCCGCUACUUCACUGUUCAGCAAAAACAAAGGCAGGAGUCGAAGCGUUUUACAGCCACCCAGUCCGCUGGACGCAGGCGUAGCCAACCAAGAGAUUCGACUGUGGCUGGAGAAGGGUUCAGAUCACGGCUACGGCAAGAGAAGAGCGGAUGAAAGUCAUUUUUCAUUGAGCUCUGAGGAAGGAAUCUACAGUGUGUCAGCUCUGGACUCAGAUGAAGAGGACGCCUACAGCUACAUCCUGGAUCUGAAUAAAGAGGUUUUCCAACCAUACAGUCACCUGAAAAGACAAGUAGAAAAGGUUGAAGAGGAAACAGCAGAGGAAUUGAACAAAGAGUCAGAACAUCUGGAAGGACCCAAGAUGUUUAAUGGCGGCGGACGUAAUCAUCAGGAAGGCUACACGGCACAGAACGCAGGCUUUGAUCUAGAAUCAGAGGAUGGUGCUCAGUCUGUGAUUCACAAGAAGUUCAAUUUGGACAAAAAUGAAAGCAACUUCAGACAGAUAUCAAACAAUAAAGGUUUGUUUGAUUUGGAGUCUGAAAGAAGAAGCAACGAAGAAGAGGAGAGGCUUGUUAGAGGACAGAGUAAUGACGAUGGUGAUUAUUGCGAGGUAGAGAGGGAGAAGAAGAAGGAAAACGCCCGCCUGGCAGAGGAUGGAUGUGACAAAACAGAAGAUGAUGGAGUGGAAGAAAAGAUUUCUGAAGUGGGUAAUUGGCAGAAAGAGGCUGAGGAAGAAGGAGAAGAAGAGCUCUCUGAGAAAUGGGGACAAGUGAGUGAGUGGAGAACAGUUCAGGAAGGAGAUGAGGGAGAAGAUUUGACAAGAUUUGAAGAAGGGCAGGAUUUAAGUAAUGAAAGAGAAGAAGUUGGUGUAAAGGAGGAAGAGAGGGGAAAUCAGAAAAGUGUGAAUUUAGAAAGUUUGGAGGUAGGAGUGAAGGAAGGAAUAUUAACUGACGAUCCUGCGUAUGAAUUCAGAAGGACUGAUGCGGCGAGUCAAAACACAGAAGAAAGGGACUGGAGAGACAAUGCUGUCAAAAUGGAUUUGAACAAGAACUGUACAGAUGUAGAAAAGACUGAAGACACUGAGGAAGAGAUGAAUUCAACAGAUUUUGAGCCAGCAGCUAAAGCAGCAGAUGGGAAGGAGAGGGAACUGGAGAUCAGAAGACACAGAGAUCUGACAAUAACAGAUCGUCUUGGGGAAACUACCCCACAAAAGGAAGCAGUUGGAGGUGCUGACAUCAAUGGUGGUGAUAAAAACUGGACUCCGGCCUGCAGUGCAACCUCUGAGUCGUUCAGCAGCGAGGGAGGAUUCACUCGUCAGCCUUUAGCUGCCUCUUUUGACGUAACUCCAUCUGAGCUGGAAAUGCUCCUGGUCCUGUGGAUCCUGCUCUACUGCUGCCUCAUCCUACCUCAGACGAACCUCUGAGUCCCCCUGCAGUGCACUCCUCCCAUUAAGAUAUGCUUAUUAGCCCUGUUUGCGCUAAUGAGCCAAACAGGGACACCUAGAGCUGGGCUGACUCUUUAUCUGUGUCACUAAAUUUCCCUCAAGGCAACGUUUAAUGAUUAUAUUUGCCUCGUGCUGCCAGCAGAUAUAAUUUGUAAUAACUUGGGCUAUAGUUUCAGAUAAACGCAUAAAGCUGUAAUCCCCAUUCUUGGGCAGAUUUUCAGCUGCUUGGUCUUACACUACAUUAUCAGACAUGGUUUGUGGGCUGUUUCUGCCGAAUGCAUGUCCACAACGCUUUGUAUUUUUGAUUGAUUUUCCUGGCAGAACUGCACCUUUCAGUUUCAUUUGACGUAAUCGACCACAUGGUGGCAUCGCAGCAUCACAGCAGCGACUGUCUCACAUGACCGGCCGUCUAUACAGCAUUCUGUUGCCUGCUGAGAAUCCCAUAUGACCUGCUGUUUAAUUAGAAGCUGUAUUGACAUGCUGAGAUUAAGAUGAUAAUAUUUAAUGAGCACUUUGACAUUUCGCAGACUCUCACCAUGUCUCUUGUGGCUCCGAAUGUAUACGGUUUCAUUGUUUUCAGCUCACAUGAUAGUUAAAGCUUAUUAUUAGCUUUUUUCAUGACACUUUUAUGACUAUGUGAUAUAAACAAUAAACCAGCUGCUUGAUCUGUUUCAUCCCACUCGACAGAAUCAGGCCUGUAAAUACUGCAUUUCCAGACAGCUUAGACAUGUUAUUCUCAUGUAUAAUUUCUGCUGGAAUACCACAGUGUGUACACAGUGGAACUCGAGCAAAAAUACAAGUAUGUAUCAGUUACAUAAGUGUUCAAAAUCCAUGUUGACCAAAAUGUGUAUUAAAGGGGAAUGAGUAUG